UGCUUUUGACCUACACAGUCGCAGGAGAAAAUGGCAGCGCUUGGACUGGGGCUGCAGGUGCGUCAGUUUAGCACGUCUGUGAUCCGACCGGUUGCAAAACUUGUCAAGCCCCCUAUCCAGGUCUAUGGGGUCGAGGGACGAUAUGCUACUGCUCUGUUUUCUGCUGCCAGUAAGCAAAAGAACCUUGAUAAGGUGGAACAGGAACUUGGUCGUGUGGCUAGCAUGAUUAAGGACCCUAAGCUUUCGAGUAUGGUGAUGAACCCCCAUGUCAAGCGCAGUAUCAAAUUGAAGACCUUUGUUGAUGCCCUGACUAAGGCAAAGCUCUCCCCCAUCACUAUCAACCUCAUCAAUGUCCUAGCUGAAAAUGGCCGCUUGACCUUGACCCCUGAUGUCAUCACAGCCUUUAGCAAAAUGAUGAGUGCCCACAGAGGAGAGGUCACAUGUUCUGUCACCACUGCCCUGCCUCUGGAUGAAGCUAAUCUUGCAGAGCUGAAGGUGGCACUAAAUGGCUUCCUUGCCAAGGGAGAAACUAUCAAGCUGGAGACCAAGUCUGAUUCUUCCAUCCUUGGGGGAAUGAUCGUGAGCAUUGGUGAUAAGUAUGUGGAUAUGUCUACCAAGACGAAGAUCCAAAAGCUUACCAAUCUGAUCAGGGAGACCUAAGUCCUGUGGACUAACCAGACCUAAUCAAAUCACAUUUAGGGGUGAAUUUAAAGACCUCUCUGCUAUUGUGUAGUUGAAAUACCUUGUCCAGUUGCGUUCCAAAUAAAUAUUGUGACAUUAAAACCCA